UAUCACUUUCAUUCUUUUCUAUAAUGAACUCUGGAAGCAUGCAAGACUUCUUCAAGGGAAAAACUAUUUUAGUUACUGGCUCAACUGGUUUCUUGGCAAAAGUUUUUAUUGAAAAGAUACUAAGGAUCCAACCUGACAUAAAAAAAUUGUAUCUACUCCUAAGAGCUUCAAACUCUGAUUUGGCUGCACAUCGCUUGCAAACUGAGGUUUUUGAAAUUGAUUUAUUUCGAGUACUACGUGGCGAGUUGGGUGAAGAUUUUGAUUCUUUCGUGUCAGAGAAGGUUGUAGCAAUUGCAGGAGAUGUUGGUAUUGAAAAUUUAGGAAUAAAAGAUGAAAAGCUUAAAAAUGAGAUGUUUGAAGAGAUAGACGUUAUUGUCCAUUCUGCUGCAACUACCAAUUUUGAUGAAAGAUUUGAUAUAUCAAUGGAUGUUAAUACAAAAGGAGCUUUACAUGCAUUGAACUUUGCAAAGAAUUGUCAUAAACUAAAGGCUUUUGUGCACAUAUCCACUGCAUAUGUGUGUGGAGAUGCUAAGUAUGAAAAUGGAAUAGUAAGAGAGAAAGCAUUUGAGAUGGAUCAAUCUCUAAAGGAGACCUCAAAAUUAGAUAUACACAAAGAAAUGAAAUUGUUGGAGGAAAAAAUAGCUGAACUCAAAACAAUGAAUGCAGAUGAAAGUACAAUGAAAUUUGCAUUGAAAGAUUAUGGAAUGGAACGAGCAAAUUUGCAUGGAUGGCCAAACUCAUAUGUAUUCACAAAAGCAAUGGGAGAGAUGCUUUUAGUGCACCAUAAAGAAAAUGUAGCAUUGAUCAUUAUACGCCCUACAAUAGUAACCAGUACUUUCAAUGAUCCAUUUCCUGGUUGGAUUGAAGGUGUAAGAACUAUUGACAAUGUGAUAUAUAGCUAUGGUAAAGGAAAACUGAAGUCUUUUGUUGGGGACCCCAUAACAAUUCUAGAUGCAAUACCUGCAGACAUGGUCAUCAAUUGUGUAAUUGCAGCUAUCUUUAUGCAUUCAAAUCAACCUCCUAAGAAUUUCAUCUACCAUGUUUCUUCAUCAAUAAGAAAUCCUCUCAGAUAUUCUGAUAUUCGCAAUUUUUGCCAUCGAUAUUUCACGAAAAACCCGUGCAUUGAUCAAAAUGGAAAGCCAAUAGAUGUUUUGAAUCCAUUUCGGGUGAAUAAUUUUGAUGCUUUCAACAUUUAUAUGACAGCCACACAGAGGGUCUUAAAUUUGGUGAGCAAAAUAUGUCCCAAUAGCUUCCAAGAUGUUUAUGAUAAGAAAAGUAGAGAAAUUAGAAUGAUGCAUCGACUGGGAACACUAUACAAACCUUAUGUCUAUUUUAAGUUAGUCUUUGAUGAUACAAACACAGAAAUUUUGAGGAAGGCAACAAAGGGUGAUGAUCCAAAGAUGGAGAAUGUAGAAUUAAAAUUUGACCCCACUAUCAUUGACUGGACAGACUAUAUGAUGAAUACACACAUUCCUGGCCUCGUCAAGUAUCAAAUGAAAUAGUCUUCAAAAUUGUGUGUAUUUGAAUAAAACUAGUGUUUGUGUGCAUUGAAAUUGUGUGUAUUGAAUAAACCACCUAAGUCUUGAUUUUAUGUGGGUG